AUGAAUAAAUCAAUGUUUGCUACAAAUAAUCUGAACCUCCAUCUUCUCUUCCUAGUUGUUCUCUUCUUAGUUGUUCUCUUCCUAGUCCUUCUCUUCCUAGUCCUUCUCUUCCUAGUUCUUCUCUUCCUGGUUCUUCUCUUCUUAGUUCUUCCCCUCCUAGUUCUUCUCUUCCUAGUUUUUCUCUUCCUAGUUCUUCUCUUCCUAGUCCUUCUCUUCCUAGUUCUUCUCUUCCUAGUUCUUAUCUUCCUAGUUCUUCUCUUCCUAGUUCUUCUCUUCCUAGUUCUUCUCUUCCCAGUUCUUCUCUUCCUAAUUCUUCUCUUCCUAAUUCUUCUCUUCCUAGUUCUUAUCUUCCAUGUUCUUCUCUUCCUAGUUCUUUUCUUCCUAGUUCUUCUCUUCCUAGUUCUUCUCUUCCUAUUUCUUCUCUUCCUAGUUCUUAUUUUCCUAGUUCUUCUCUUCCUAGUUCUUCUCUUCCUAGUUCUUCUCUUCCUAGUUCUUCUCUUUCUAGUUCUUCUCUUCAUAGUUCUUCUCUUCCUAAUUCUUCUCUUCCUAGUUCUUCUCUUCCUAGUUCUUCUCUUCCUAGUUCUUAUCUUCCUAGUUCAAGUUUUUCUCUAA